AUGAAUAAUGUCAUCUCUUUCGACGGCUUUUUCAACUAUCGGCAUCUUGCUCUCCUUUGUGAUGUGAUGACAGCUAAAGGUUAUCUUAUGGGUAUCACUCGUCGCGGUAUGAACCGACAAGUGCGGAAACCGGUGCAUUUGAUAAUGUCGCUUCGCAAAACAGUGGAAGCUUCUGGCAACAAGCAACAAGGAAGUUGUUGCUUGUCAGUGCCAAAGGGCUUUGGUCACUACUUACGGCUACGAGGGAAAGUGUUUUGCAAUCUGUCAGUGACGCAAGGUCAAUAA